AUGUAACGCUACACGACACGAAGGCGAUCGAUAAAAACUGAACUUUGAACCAAAAUAAGUGUUUAUAUCACGCUACAUUGUAUAAAAGUCCGUGAAAAUAAAUCAGGGUAUUAUUUGUCCGAAACCUGUUCACGAUAAAGUAAAGAGCACGCGAGCGUUGGAGUGAGUGAAAGAGUGAAUUUCCAAUCGAGUUAAAUAUCAAACUGGUUCAUAAAGCAUCACGAGCGUAUCAAAUCAUUUUCAAUCUUUGCUUCCGUCGUGUAUAAAACGUUUUACUACCAAGGGAAAACAAACCUUGUCAAACUUUCUAGAAAAACUCUUAAUAACUAAAAAUGAAAGCAAUUUAUCAAUUAAACAAGUACAGCAAAGCCUGGCUGAAUACAAAUUUAGCCAAAACACCAACUUUAUUUACCGUAGAGUUCCAGGAAUGGCUUGAAAUAUUCUGAGAAACGUAUCGCUUCAAUUCACGGGAAUUUUUUACCUUCAUUUCCAUCCAUACUCUUCGCUGGCAAAAACUUGCUUUCUAUACCAAACAGGAUUUCUCCCGGGCUUUAAGUUUUCCACUUCAUACUUUAUUUGUGUUCUGAACCUGAACAUUCUUUUGUUAAUUCUUUCUGAAUCGAUUGACAUGCGAACGAGAAGAACCUCGAUUUCGAGGGCCGUACUUGAAAUCGAGGCAAAUGCGGUCAUAUACAUACAUAUCAUACAUGCAUACAUACUUGUAUUCUGGGUAGAACGUAUUUCGUAGAGCGCUCAAUUCAUUUAAUUGAAGAGCGUUGACUAUUAAUAAUCACCGAGGAGUUCAGGCUUCAGGAGUAAUCAUUGAUCGUUUAUUGUGACAGUGCUGUUUCGUAUGGUCCGAAAUUGUAGGACCACACUCAUCAGGCAACUUCAACGAUUGACCGUUAAAAUUAAAAGCUGACAGUAAAAUGUGGGUCAGUUGUUAUAGGGAUGCGUUAAGAGAUUGUAUCUAGGUAACAGAUGAAUUGUGUCUUAGUUACGUUACUCUAGAGUUCUGAAGUACAUAUCUGUUUCUCUGGGGGCAUGAACUUGCUAGUUCGUUUCACACAUACAUACAUAUUUUACAAUGAAGCUGCCUUCGGGAACAGGCAACCCAGGCUGGUCACGUACGCGACCUGAAUUACUGUCUGCUGCGAAGCCACGCUGCGGAGCCUGGUGGCUUCGCAGCAAUAAGCGGAUAAUUUUUUUCACGGCUAAAUAGACUUUUUUAAAAUUUAAGAUUCUUGAGAUUAAUUUAUAAGUGAAAGUCUCUCAUUGUUUAAGGGUAUUGUCUCCAAGCUUUUUUUUCCAAACAAAAAGGGAAGAAGGACACCUGAUCUCAGGUUACUUUCUAGACAACGUCCUGUGUUCAGUCUUCCUGAAGGAUGGAGGCCCGCGCACGAUUCCUAAUCAUCGAUUCACGUAACAUUCUACAUGCAUAUUUAGAAUGAAGCUGGCUUCGGAAACAGGCAACCCAGGCUGGUCACGUACGCGACCUGAAUUAGUCUGCUGCGAAGCCACGCUGCGCAGCCGUAGAGUAAUUACUUGUGUAAGAAUUGUUACUCCAAAGGUAAAAAAUAAUAAUAUAGUUAUAUCAGGGGCACCCAAAGACAAUUUUUGAAAAAUAUCUGUUCGGAAGACGAUUUGAGAUCUAGAAUUCUCGGAACAUUUGUGGUAAAAUUUCUUGCUUGCCUGCCUCUCUUAGAGCUUCCUAGGAUGGGAAGAUGGUGGGAUGGUAUAAUUGCCCAUUUUUGACGGAUUUUUACCCUAGAAAGGUCACCUAGAAUUUUGGGGAGCCCUUUUUCUGGCUGAAAUUUUCGAAAAGGUAAGUUUUGAUCCCUAUAAUUUUCGGAUCAUUAGACUUUCAGCUAGGAAAUGCGAACAGAUGAAACAUUUUUAGGGGAUAAAUAUACCUACCGUUUAAAACUAAAAUACGUUUAACAAUGCUAUGUUUAAGUGGUUUUGAACUAUAUUCUAGUUGGGUGCCCCUGGUUAUAUGACAUUUACAACUACGUGCUUGAUAUACAGCAAAACAGACAUCCGUAGCGAGAGGAAGUUAUCAACAGAUGACGUAAAUAUCCCUAGACCAAUCAAAGUUCGGCUUUUAAAAACUGGAUAAAAAGUAUGAUCAUCUGAAGUGAGCUGUAAAGCAUUUUGUGACUUGCGGAGUCAAGUGGUUCAUUACUAGGCGCCAUGUCUACUGAUAUGAUGCAGUCCGAUAUGCAAGAGAUCUUACCAGCUGCUAAGGAUUCGGAAACCAAGAAGCAUCGUGUUAAGAAUCUUUUGAAUGGUAGAUUCACUUUCCGAUUGUGGAAAAUUCUCGUUUUCCUGUUCGUAAUGACAAUCAUGAUUACUGUGACUGGUAUUCUGGGCGCAAAGUUUGGUCCAGCGAGCCCAUGCUACAAAAUCUCAAUUAAAGAGGAUAGAGGUAACUUAACUUUCCUCCUACUUCGACACUCAGCAUUUAGUGCUUCAAUGCUGCACUCUUCUAGAUUAUUGAAUUUACGAAAUCGUGCAAGCAAGCCUCUUAACUAACACAGCGAAUAGAAAAGUAGGCUAAGAUGGACGAAGUUCUAAUCGGCUCUUCGUUGGGUUACAAUUGGCGUUUUUGGAAACUGUUCAGGCUGUUAGUUUUUCAAAAGUUUAUCUCUUUGUAUCUCUCUGUUGUUUGUAGCUUUAAAUUGUGACGCUUAGGAGACUCUUAGGAGACGUGCUUGUUGGUCAAAAACCGGUGAUUUGAAAUUUAGAAGAAAUUUCUUCGCCAACGUUACUUUUCAUUGCGAGUAAUAGGCAAACUAAUACUAAAUGACAAGAACUGAACUGCCACAAACUACUUUAACGAUAUUCUUUGUCGAGUUGUUGCUUGGUGGAUAUAAGACGCUCUUAGCAGUGCGUUUGGCUGAAACUAAUUAAUAAUGGAGUUGUUUAAAGAAAUUGUUUUCCACUCCCAAGAAUGUAUCCCUUAAUACUUGUGUAUUUCUUUAUGAUGAAGAAACGGAGGAAAAACGGAGAAAAAAGCUAUCUUCCUUUCCCGCUUCGGUGAUCGCAGCGUUAACAAGAAAAGAUGAAAAGCAGCUGUUUAUGCGAUAAUUUGUUGCUGUUUACGUUUUGGACCCAUUGCGGACCUACCCACUUUAACCAAAAACUGAGGCCAGGGGCCCGUUUCUCAAAAGUCCCGGUAACUUUACGGGCCCGAAAUCUAAUAUUCAAAUCGAAAUAUAAAGAAUGAGAGCGCGGGUCCUGGCUAGAAAACUACUCCAUUUUGUUUCAUUAACUGACAGUUUUAUCGGGUUAGAUGCAAAACUCUUAAAACCUCGAUCUUUAAUGUAAACGGAGACAGCUUACCGGGCCCGUUAAUUAUCGGGACGUUCGAGAAACGGGCCCCUGGUUUAGACACCGCACUUUUCAUGUGCCGGACCUAAUUGAACUGACAAGUACGACUUUGGAGCGAUACUGGCGCGACAUCUGAUUCAGACGGCGCAUCGUGUGUCGAGCCUAAGUUAAGUUUGACAAAAUUUCGACAGAUUCUGUCGAACAUAACUCUUUUACCCCAAACUAACACUGCCGUACCAAAUUGAUUCAGACACCGCCCUUUUGCCGUACUUAAUUCAUCAGUUAGGUUCGGCACAUGAGUGGAGCGGCGUCUGAACCGACCGGGCCUAACUGUCAACGACAAAGGGACUAUGUUGUAGGCAAAAUCCGCUGUCAGAAAAAAAAAGAAUUUCAUUUGUCUCCAACGAAUGAUUAUGGCUAAAUAACAAAGGAAUUUCCGAAAAAACAACUAAGCUGAACAUUAGUUCAACCCCAAAUCGGAUUUUACCUACAACAGCUACGUCUUUUAGAGGCCGAGGCAGAACCACCCCCUAAAAACCCCCCCCCAGCAGCAGUGAUCUGAAGGAUCUGCAUUGCAGGUUCAUUUGUUUGUGCAUAGAAUCUAAUCAAGAAAAAGAGGAACAGAGCUGAUGCCCCAUACAAGGGCCUCUGUGUUACUUCAUGAUCUCCUACCACGUAAAAAUGUAAUCACGAUAUCUAAUUGUCAGGUUUACAGUGCUCAGAAAUGAAGUCUUGUCGCGACUGCCAUUUGCUGCCCGGGUGUGGUUGGUGUGAUGAUGGUUCUGGUACAGGCGUAGGAAGCUGUAUGCCAGGCGGAAAUGACGGGCCAUUUUUACCUGCCAGGAAUGUCAAUUCCACUGCCACGUGUUCGCUCUUCAAUCCUCAAACUUGUUCAAAGUCACGCUGGAAUUUUAUAGAUUGCCCAGGUAAUUUUGCAAGAGAUUACUUACUGAUGCCCUAUUUACACCAACGCUUAAACGUGCUUGCUGAUCAAACAGUUGCUGCAUCUGUUUUUUUUAUAUACUAUAAAUUUGCUAAGUUGAAAGUACAAGUUAAAGCUUACUUGACCAAAAAAAACGAAGCGACAAGAUAUUCAUGUACAGUAACAAUAAACGCAGUGUUGGGAACGACAAUGAGAACAGGUUGCCCAGGUUCUUUAUUAUUACUGUCCCAGUCUCUCGCGCUCCAGAAUAUUGGAUAAAGAGAGGCCCUGGGAACGAGCUUGGGAUGAAAGAGGCGAUCGUAUGGUUUUCUUUUGACCCAGGCAGAGUUAACUCCAUUAGUAGAGCGCUGGACUGCAGAACGGGAGGUCGCGGCUUUGAUUCCUAGGGCCAAACCAAUACCCGGGUUCUUAAAAUAACUGAGCAAGUGGGUUGUGCCUUUGCCCUGGAAACUGUGAGGGGACCUUCGCGCGGUUCAUAAGACCAUGUUGAAAUGGCGGUCUCGGAGACGUGAAACAGUGUUCUCAGUUCUCAAUUCAGUGAUCCCAGUGCGUAAGUUUCAACUACACUGGCACUUAAAUCAAGUAGGUUUCCAACUGAAAGUAGCUUGUAUUUUUUACACUGCAAUGAAUCUGUAAAGUUUGGUGUGCUUGGGUAGCUCAAACAUGAAUCUUGGCGAAGAGCUACUCAAACAGAAAUCAGUAUUAACGAAGUAUUGUGCAGCAAGAAAGGCAUAGUUUAAGAAAUGUUGCAUUUACAUGCCUGUGCAGCCGCUUAUAAACAGGCAUCUUAUUUUGUGUUAAUUUCACGUCUUUUAUUUUUUUUCCUAACAGCUUGCCAGUGUAAUGGUCACAGUAAAUGCAUCAAGGGAAACAGCUGUGGAGACUGUGAGAACAACACUACUGGUUAGAAAAAUGUUGCUUGAUAAAAAUUUACUUGCUGGCAUUUUUCUAGCCUCGCACGCAGUCGUUUUUAGGGGAGCUCGUAUUUCUUCCCUCCCCUAAAAACGCCUGCGUGGGAGGCUAGCAUUUUUCUUGAUGAUGAGUUGUAAUCAUAAUCCCUUAGUUGUAGUAGAGUUCAAAGCGUUGCUCACCGCUCAUGGAUUUUAAAUAAUGAAUGAAAGAAUGAAAUGUCGUAGAUGAGACGACAACAGACGCGCCGUCUUUACAUUAUCUAUUAACAUGUUAACACUAAGCUCGGACGUCAGCAUAAAAUAACAGUUACUGGUGACGUGCUAGGCGGUUUUUGGCUAAAUGAAAAGUCACUUAACUGUCUGUCCGUCUCGCAGUCGGAACAACGGAUUGAUAGAUUUAUGAUUCAUUGCUCGCGAUCGAUCGUUCGAUAGGUAACCACUGUCCGCUUCCGGGAGAUUCCUGCUUUCCACGAGUAUCCUUUGAAGAGGAUUUGACUUCGUAGAACUUGCAAAACAAAACGCAUGUUUCUCAAUUAGAAGUACAGUUUUUGCGUGGCUGCAGUUUCCAGGAUUUUGUUUCAGUUCACGUGGAUCGUGAUGGUCAGCAGCUUUGCAAAUUUGUUGGAAGAAAAAAAAAAUUUUACAUUAGAAAAGAGUUUAAUCUCCUCACGACUUUAUUUCCGUACACCAACAUGGCCGCCGUUUCAUUGCUUCAUACAUCAAUAUGGACGCCUUUACGUCACGUGAAAACGCGCGGAUCAUUGUACGUUUCUGGGAAACUGCCCGCCUACCCCUCCUCUAAGCCAGCAUUAACACUUACUCCUCACUUAGGGCAAAAUGUUGGAUUAAGGAAGGGGUAGGUGGGCAUUUUCCGCAUGCGCAUAAUGAUCGAAACGUUCUAUAUCCUAAUCCUACUACACCAGUUGUCUCCCUUGCUACCGUUGUUGUCUCGUCAAGCGAGCGCGCGUGGGAGACUGCUACACCAGGGGCGCGCCCAGGAAAGUUUUUCAUUGGCUGGGUGGGGGCAGGAGGCGGGGUGAGGUCUAAGAUUGCGCACACUGUUUCCACCCCUUGUGACUGUUCAUGGUGUAAAGAAAGUCGGUUUUACGGCUUACCAUUUGGGCAUGUUGUUACUAGUAUGUACUAGCUCAAGAGUCUUUUAAGUAGCCCAAAAAAUUUUUGAUGAGCACUGAUUACAGUUCUUCUGUAAUUUGAAUUUCCCAAAAAACUUCACUUGCCCUUCGGGCAAGUCACGAACAGGAUUCACUAGCCCGAUUGCAAAAUCCAGUAGCCCCGGGCUAUCGGACACGACUUUCUUUGCACGCUGCUGUUACGCAUUAUUUUCUAGUGAACUUCGAUAUUCAACUACUUAGAUCUCUGAUAUCAUUUUGUGGUAGCAAUUUCAUUUUCAAAGUAGGUAAUCAUUGUGUUAUUAUAGGGACUCUCUGAUCAGACAGAUCCGCCAGUUUACACUGUUUACUCUUGCUCUCUUGCAGGACCUUACUGUGAAAAAUGUGCCAAAGGAUAUUUUGGAGAUCCAAAAAAUGGAUGCAAGUGUUCAGGUUUGGAGCAAAAUUUUCUGACUUUCAUUUAAUUUGCUACUUUUAUUACACAGUUUGGCUAUCAGAUAGAACACUCUGGAUUUUGUAUUUUUCUCAAAGUAAACUGUGUACUUUUUACGUUUUGGGGUAGUUUCCCACAAUGGUUCUUAUAAGGGAGUUGCCUAUUCCCAAGGGGCUUACAAUGAAGUAAUUCCCACGUGAAUGGAUGAAUCACUGUGACACGAAGUAUGGGUCCGUGAAACUAGUACAACUAUCCUUGUCUCUGACUGAAUGAUUAAAGCGGUUUUUGGAUGACCUUGAAAUUAAAACCCGCGAACAAAACGGAAGCAACAAACGAACGGAAAUAGAGCUAUUUGAUUGGUUUAUCGAACGGAUACAAACGUGCGUGGCUUUUGGUUGGUUAAGCGAACGCUCGGGUGUAAAAACUUCAUGCCCGAGACCUUUCUAGAAAUCAAUCGAUACUUCAUUUUGACGUCAUACUGCAGCAUAAUUGGCCAAUCGAACAAAGCCUUCUCCAUAUUAGGGUUUUCUUUGGCGGGAAAACGAAGAGGCUAAGUUUUGAUCUUUUCAUCUAUUGGCUGAUAAAACAAACAACGAACACUUACCGAAACCAUUUUUCAAGGUCAUACGAAAAUCGCUCUAUUUUUCUUGACUCCGUUUAUUUCAGUAUGUCAGUGCACCGGCCAUGCGAAAAGCGAAGCCUGUGAUCCUGCUACUGGCAUCUGUCAGUGUGUUACUAAGGGCGUCAAAGGUCGCAACUGUGAAGAGUAAGUCAUCACUCAUGAGACUUUUAAUUAAGCAGGGCUUGAAAAAAGGUUGAAUUCCAGCUUGUCCCUUGGGCAAGCAGCCCUCAUGUUUUUCUUGCCCGGGGCCACUUCUUGCUUUUCUUAGUUAAUGAUUUUGUUCGAGAAUGACGUGCCUGGACUCUUGACCAUUGGUCAAGUGAAUUUUUCAAAAUUACUCGCCCAGCAAGAAAAUAUACUUGUCCCGGACUACCGGAUGGGACUUUUUUCGAGCCCUGUUAGGUCGCUAUCCAAAAAAUCACAAAUCAAAUAGCCAACCGGACUGGUCAUUUUGAAAAUUAAGUAUUAGUUUUUUUCGCAAAAUUUUCCCUAAAACCUACCAUUGCCGACCAUACCCUUUAUAAACAGACUAAUCGAGUUGGAUUAAAAGUGAUUAGUCUUUACAAUUGGACCAGCCUGGCCGCCUAGUUCUAGCAAAUGCAACUGAAGCGCCGUGAGAUAGGUGCUCCCAAACAUAUAGGUCUCUAUGGUACUGAAAGAGAUCGUUCAGCGUUUACAGCCUGCGCAGGUACCGUAAAUGAUCGAUUAAAAGCCGCGGCGCUUAUUUCAACCACAUGUAAAACACUGAUGGGAAUAUACAGAGAAUUUAGUGAGGCGAGUAUUAGGUGUGCACAAUUUACCUCGAACUGUUAUAUGAACCCAGUUUCAAGAGUUUCCGUGCAUUAAAACUUUUAGAACUCACGAGUUGGUCGAGGUCUUGUUUCUCAAGCGAUAUGGUUUUGAUAUCUCUUGAUAUCAAGCGCCGUAAGAAAGGUGGUGCGUUAAUUGGUAAAUACCUGAAUUAGCGCCGGGGCGCUUAUUCUAGAGCGCCCGCUUAUUUCGAGUACCGGCGCUUAAUCAUUCAUUUACGUUAACUCAGUAGGUACCUUCAAAAGGCUGAUGGAAGGCGAGGCAGACUGCCUCUAUGUCCUAAGACGCCAAUCCAUAUGUGGGCGAGUUCUACACGGAGAUGAAUACUUUGUACCCCCCACUAUGGAAGACCGUCCAUCGAAUGACACCUACCAAAAAAGGGUUCUGUUUCAUAGGCCUGUUUCUCAAAGUUCCUUUGACUUCUCACACCUCUUUUCCACAGAUGCGAUGCCAAUGAAUCUUACGUCGGAAAUGCGUCUAAUGACGUCUUUUGUUACUGUAAGUAAUAAAGUUCUGUUUAUGUUUGAUGGUGAUUUUACCUCUCUGUUUUCGAAUUGACCAAGGUCCUUACUUUAUUUCCUUAUUUUACCUCGCCUGUAGUUUCAUUCGAACUUGCUAGGGCUGCCGACAAGUUCUUCAAUCUGACUGGAUUUGAAAGGUUAAGUUUUGAGUACUUUCCCGGACUGGUAAGUCAUCAUUUUAUUACUGAACAUUUAUAAGAAUGCCUUUCUGCACGAAUAGACACUUCUCACAGCCUGUGUUUAGACUAUCCCUCAGAAAAACUCGCUCCUUCUGUGGCUUUUCUCUGAUGUGGGCGUUGGCCGUACAAACCGUUGACAUUUCUUUCUCAAUAGGCUAAACGCAGUGUGCAGUUGGAAAUCAAGUGGAGAGAUGACAGCUUGGGCUCUAAAGCCAUGGUGAACCUGACUACGUUUUUUGGUAAGGCUCUGGCAAGUACACCCUUCGAGCAGAUGCUGCAUUAUCGUGGUGUGAACUGACGUGCGAAGAGUAAUUGCUUUUCGCACGCCAGUUCACACUGAAUUAUUUCUAUCUAUCUAUUUCGUGCGCACGUGCAACGAUUUGAUAAGUCUGUCCAAUUCCCGUCUGUUGGCCAUGAAAGAUCCUGCCGCGUAGUUGGUCAGUGAAUGUUGCUGUUAGGCGUCCCUUCGAGCGUCUGCCGUGUUUUGGUUCCCAAAGAAAAAAUCCUUUAGGAGGCGCCUUUUUCUUGUUUUUCAGAAAAAAAGGACAUAGUAAACAUUUGAUCAGCCUCGUUCUCUCGAAUGGUACUGCAAAUUAAAAAUCCGCUUCCUCCCUCCCCCUUGAUUUAUGCAUGGUCCUUGCGCGUUGCUCUUUAAUGGCGGGAAAAAACCUUAUCACGUAGAGUUACCUUAUGGAGCACGAACUCGGCAUAUAUGUUCAGUCGAAUAAAAAGUUUGUAAAUUAAAGUUUGUAAGGCCUGUGAAAUCCUUUGCUGGUAACCUAUUUGUUGUGCUAUAGAAAGAAAUCCAUUUAAUAUUUGUGUUUCCGGUCUCAAUUUUUCGGGUCCGUAGUAUAAAUUACUCGAAGUGCUUGGGCCGUAAAUCUCCAUAUUAGGAUUUUCUUUGGUGGGAAACGAGGAGUCCAUGUUUUGAUCUUUUCACCCAUUGGCUGAUAAAACAAAUAACAAACACUUACCGAAACCAUUUUUCAAGGUCAUACGAAAAUCGCUCUAACAGGUAUUUACUGUCAUGAAAGGAGGAUUGAUAAUUGCACUCUUGUUUCAGCUGAGAGACCUGAAGACAAAGAGGUUUUAAAGUAUAAACAGAAACUGGUUACUGCCCAGGAAUCAUUCGAGGCGGUAUUUCACUACCAGGACUACGAAUUUGAUCACGAGGACAAGUUUGGUCUAAGAGGAUAUAUUUAUGACAUUGAUUCCAGGGGGAGUGCGAUACUGAAGGUAUGAAGGGUUUAAUCUCUCUAUGUUUAUUGUUCGUAAUGUGGUAAUGAACUGACUUUUCCUGACUGGCGUCAGGAAAACCGCAAAUGACCCAGUGAUUCGGUUCUUCACGCGUACAACCAUACGUCUGAUCGAAAUGUUUAGGAAACGCGAAGUUUAAAAUACUUUCCUGACAUAAUGUUUUUGAUGAGUGGUUUGCUCAGUAGUCCAUUUCAGAGUCCCACGGGCCUCUGUAUCAAAACGAGGUUAAGUGCUUAACCUUUGUUAUGGAAAUGAUUUUUAAUUCUCAUGCAAAUAUAACUCAUUUUGGCUGUGAACUUAACCUCAUUUCCAAAGGGUUUUUGGAUCUCGGAAGUGGCCUAUUGAUGCUGGACUACGAGUAGUCCCCCAUUUCUCCUGAGGGAUAGUAGAGCGAGCGAAACCCGAGCGCGCGUGAAAAUCACCUCACGCGAGAAAGCCGGUGGGGUGUCGCCUUUUCUCGCGUUGGGUGAUUUUCACGCGCGCUCGCGUUUCGCUCGCUCUACUAUCCCUGAGGAAAAAUGGGGGACUACUCGUAGUCUAUAUUGAUGCAUUCUUAGCUUGAUGCGAGCCUAUGUGGCAGACGCAAAAAAAAAAGGGGAAGGGGCUGGGGAGAAAAGGACCUUUGUCCCCUCUCUCUUGGGUGCCUGUUUUGAAUGCUUUUUCAUCAGUUGUACGCAUUUGUAACUCUUUUUAGGCUUUGUUUACACUAUACCAAAUAGCGUUUCGUAGCGCCAAAAAAAGCUAUCUAGUAUACAGUAAAAACCCGCAACUAAGAACCUAAAAAUUAUGAACCUGUUAGCCUAAAAUUGGACAUUUAUACCUCCUAUAAACAAGAACCUAUUUAGCCUAAGAAAUUUAAAACAGGUUCUUAUUUUCUAAAGUCAUACUAGUGCAUUACAGCUGCAUUGCAAGAAUCAUAUUUGAAGCAAAAAAAGCAGAUUGCCAUUGUUGUAAAAAUGUUUUUUAAAAAGUAUCGGCUAAUGACCAACUUUUUUGCAGCUGUGUUUUAAUUGUUUUUUCUCCAGAAUUAAGAACCCAUUUUAAGAACCUAAGUAGCCUAAAAUUCUGUUAACUACCAUUUAUAUAAGAACCUGUUUAGGCUAACUCCUAAAAAUGUAGGUUCUUAGUUGCGGGUUUUUACUGUAGUGUGAACAGCUAUCCAAUCAGUGUGACUCUCCACUGUAGAGAUCGUCGCGACGCAGCUUCGCCCGUCACAGAAAUCGCGCCGCCGUAAUCAUUCUUGUGUAUGAAUAGAAGCCCUAUCCAGUAUGACUUUCGUGGCGGUGCAAAGGCCUUCCGAUUAAGGAAUAAGUUGAGAGAAUUUGGUAGAAGAUCAAAGCAUUUUCUCUUAGGCGAUCAUUUUAUUAACUCUCAUAACCAUUUCCCUUGGUAACAUAUGGAUAUUGUUAGGAGAAAAUUGAUCUUGGUCACUAUCGGGACUUAAAGGUUAAAGGUGCCCCUUGUCGCAGUUUAUACAAAUCGGAAUGAGAGGACUAGGAUACUGGGGUUAUGCGAGGCGUAUUUGCCCCAUUUCUUGUAUGUUUUGGUCUUUAUACUUAUUCAACCUUUAAUCCCAUCUAAUCUUCGACACAGUCCUUAAGUUGCCUUCGUUUGCGCUCAGUUAUAGCGCGGCUUAUUUUUGCACUACAGACUUAAGCAAGUUACAGAUUAUUCGCUCCGGUUACAGAGAAGCUGGGCGAAAAACAUUUUGAUACGUUCUUCAUUGUAGGUCUCUUUUACCUUCCCGGCGGAAACGAUUAAUCUCCUAGAAUUCUUCCUAACAUUUUUCGGGUGAGUAUGGUUGUAGCAGUUGAAAGCUACAAAUAUAUUUUUUCCAUUUCCCUCAAGGUUUUUCAGGGAUAAUUUACAACCUUGUGUGGGGAUUUUGCCGGACGUCUGCUUGUGGUAUAGUUUUUAUUGAAUGCAGUAACUGAGUUAUGAAUAUCCCUGCUGUGAAUAUGAUUUAGAAGUAGACACUAGGUAGUGGUUACUUCCAUUUGCUUUUUACGCCAGUAUUGGUUUAAUUAACGUCUCACAGAGUCGUGAAAAGCCAAAAGUUUUCUUUUUUAUCCGAGAAGACAAGAAAAGGAAGUACAUUUUUCUCAGUUAUUUGAAGGGGUUGCAGUGUCACGGUUGUCUAGUUCGCUUUGUUAAUAUUGCCAAUUACGCUUCCUUAUGCACUGAUAAAACUCAACGUGAACGAAUAAAUAACUUGUAAACGACAAAAUCAUAGCUUCUUGUCCAACAAAUAUCCUUCCCAAUCAUGUAUCGAACCUUACAAACAACAAAAAUGAACUUUGAAAAACUGUUAGGCUAAGAAGUUUUUAAAGGCAACAAUUUCAAUCCGUUUUAAUCUUCUUCAAGUUUGUCCAUCCAUGCCUACGUUUUUAUUUGCUGUGUUACUAAUACCUCCUUUUAAUGUUUUGAGCGAAUAUUUUUCUGUUUCACUCAGUUUGGUGGUAGUUCCUACUGUUAGAAUUUUGAUAAAAUUCAAGACACAGCUCCUUUGAAGACCCUGAGUAAUGGUUCCAUGGGGUAUCAAACCCGACCUACCGCUUGACAGUCUAGUACCCAAUCUAUUGAGCCAACCAGGCGUUAACUAAAUAAGCAACUUGUUUUGAGAAGUUCACAGCGCUUCCAACAACGCUCAUGCUAAGUUAGGAGAUAAUACGUGAGAAAAAUUCUCUGGCAAAGCUGCAAGUACAUUUUUCAUUUUUGUGUUUAAUACAGCUGUUUCCUGUCACUGCUUGUUGUUGCUGGUGUCGUGUGGAAAGUCAGGAAUCGUUACGUUAACUUUAUCUUAAACCGGGUGAGUUGUCUUCGCCUCAUUCGGGAUUUACAAAUGACUUACUUGCGUCUUCGUUUUUGUCAUUUAGUUUCACCUUCCUCACUCGAUUAGCCUUGCAAUAUUUUGUUGGGACUUGAAAUAUAAACAUUGUUGUAUAUUUAUUGUUAAAUAAAGUGUAUAAAGUUAUGGAGCUGAAUGAUUAAAGGAAGGUAAACGUCACAAGGUAUUAAUCAGUUUAACGCUAAGAAUAUGUCAGGUGUGCGUUUCCAACAAUUUUCUGAUUUUCAUUUGAUGAUUGGUCAUGCUCCAUUGCUGAUCCUCUCUCUACCUUGCGAGUGUCUGUUGUUUUGUUUUGUUUUGUUUUAAACCUCAUUCUUUUUCCACUUCUUUCAUAGCAACGACGUGAAGAGAGGCAGAAGAUGGCAAGUCGUCCGUUUGCUAAAGUACCUUUUCUACUGAGUCACAGUCAUCAAAAGGUAGGCUACUGGGGCAGUACUAGGGCUUAUGUAGACUAAAACAACGACAACAACAACAACGAAACUCAAUUUAGAGCACACUUGAUAGUACACAAACAUUUUCCCUGACAACUGUUAACAUAACUGAAAAGCUAUUUGAGGCAGGAGAAAGUCAAGUUAUUUAAGUAAAGAAAUAAAAGAAAACAUAACAUUACAGAAGCUGACCUGUAGAGUCAUAGAGGUAUCCUUAUGUACGAAAGGCUAAAAGGUGACAACGUGAUAUUAGUGGCAGAUUAAGAUUAAGAGUGCAGGAAUUAAAAUGCGAAUUAUAAACUAGACUGAAUUAUAUAAAGUAUUACCUGCUUGUGAUUAGAAAGUAUUUGAGGCGCCUCAAUAUAGUACAUGUAGUCUGUUUUCUAAGGAAUUUCUAAGACGAUUUGUUUAAAUUUAAUCAAAUUUAAACUGAGAUUUCAUGGGCGACUUGAGAGACUGAAGUAAUACUACUUGUAAAUCUGCAAAUUGAAUUGCCGACAGCUUGCUGCAAGAUGAGUUGGGACUUUUUGGAAGUCAGAAAUGUUGACUCGUUGGCAGGAGAAAAUUAAGAACCUUGGUUACUUGUCGAUUGCGAGAAGCUCUUUUGUGCUUUUGAAUUUGAGAUUCAGAUUUUGUUAGUUUAGAAAGCUUAGUAGUGGAUCUCAACGUAAUAUGACCUUUUUGUUGCUUUCAGUCAUCAGCAGGAAAUAUCGCUGUAGAAACCCUUGAAAAUGGCAAAGCGUCUGUCCUUACGGUUCUUAUGCAAUUGCCUGCGGACGAUGAUGGCUUUACCCCCGUCGGCCAGAGUGGUAUUUGUUUCGCGAGCGUGUUAGGGACCCAUGGAGACGCUCCAGGGACCACGCCCGCAGGAAGAGCUACGCGUAUAAGAACCCGCAAAAGGUGUAAUGGAACCUGUGUUUAAUCGACUGUCACAAGAAAUUCCUACAUCACUGCAAGUUAAUAGUGCAUCGGGAAAUCGUGUUCUUCGACCAGACAUAAUCAGACGCAAACCCGGAGCACUCUCCAUUUAGCCAAAAGGUCUGGUUCAACCGCCGCGAUUUAAAUUGCAAAUAAAAUGUAGGCUUUGGUUGGGAAUAUCCAGGAGAACAUGCAUGAUCUUAUGGGUUAUUCCAGUCUUUCCAUUUACACCGGUUCUCAAGUUUGUUGGCUCGCAACAACAUCCAUUUUGCUGGCAUCUUGCACACCACACCAGCUCUGUCAAGAUUACAAGUUUGUAACACAAAACGAGGACCAUGUGUUAGUAUGGAAGAAACCCUUGGAAGUUUCCAUCUCAUCUGGAGAGUUGCCGGAAUUUCAGAUCAUCAAAGUCAGUAUUGUCUCUUGCUUAAGGGACACGACUGGUAUACAUUCCGAGCUAGAGUUUUGGCUUUCUUAUUUGAACCUUACGGCUCUCUGCAUUCGAGUCGGAGUACUUAGGUACUGUAAAUAAAUGAAAUUAGGUAAUAGUAAUUAAAGUAAUUUUAUAUAGGUUGUUGUAAUUAAAUUACAUUAGAGAGCUUUAGGUUCUAAGACGAGGACGACUACUAUACGAGAACGAGAUUUUCUCAAUACUUGAGUAUUUCUCGCGCGUGAACCAGCGUCAUUUUGGCGGGAAAACGUGAUAGCCGUCGUGAUUCUACUACGAGUUUUAGCGAGAAUGUCUUAGUGGCGGAAACCGUAGUUAUAAGUUUUAUCAUUUUGCGAAAGGGAGAGGGCUUAACCUCCUUCCAUGAAGAUAACAGUGCACACUCUUUUGGUGAAAAGAAGUACAACGACGAUUUCCGGGGUGUCUAUUUUUGAGAUUACGCGAAAAAACUUAAGUCAAAUCUUGUACUCGUAGUCGUUCUUGACCACGCGGCAGCUUGCAAAGUAAUUACGAAGCUUUUGCCUGCGUUACCACGAUAACUCUGCACGUUCCAUUUGCCGAGCCAUUUGGGAAACGGCAUUCUCGUUUUCCGCUCCGAAGAGACGAGUAUGAUAGAACCCUGGGAACGAGUUUCGGGAAUUGGCGUCUUACUAAUAACGAUCAAUAACAAAUCAAGAAUCAGGCAGGUAAGCCCCUGUUUUACUGAAUGAUUACGAAAUGAGAUGUAAUAUUUAUUGUGUACAGUAUCAACAAGAAGGGAGUAUUGCGUGACAGCCAAACUGAUACCUGUUCUUCUUCCUUUGAGUGAUUCUUGUGUUGUGUGAAUAGUCAUCAGCAAUGAAAGACAGUGUCGUUAGUGACAACACAUAUUUCGUAAAUUGAAAAUGUUGUAUAAAUAGAUGACAGGUAAAGCCUUUAUUAAUAGUUUGAUCGGUCUUUUAUUGAAAGAACUAACAUCCCUCAAAAAUUUUGAUUUAAAAGCAAAGACAAUUUUUUUCAUUUAUUGACAAAUAGUCUGUUGAAAUAUCUGAGUAAAUCUAAUCAGCCUACCAGUCUAGAAACGUGACGUGUAUAAGAAGGGGAAAGUGGCUGUAAAGAUUAGUGACACCAAUCGAAAUGUGUUGGUUUUAGGUUGUGUAAUUACUUUGCGUAGGUCUUGAAUAUAACUUCACGUUAAAGUCGUUUUUAGAGACACGGCAGCUUUUUGAGACGAAAUAUCUAUGGGCUAAAUCCCCAGGCCCCCAAAACCCUGGAAGUUCCAGCUUCUAAUGUCACUUCUGAUUGGACAGGAAAUUUUUUUUUUAGCCAAUCAGUGAUAGGCAACUCAAAUGCUCCUAGUGUUCAGAGCUUCCCGUUCUUCUUGUAAGAUUUGUACAUUUUCGCUUUUUAUCCCUUCUUAAUUGGUUGCUCUCUUUUCAAAGAUGGUGGAAAGUUAAUUUGAAUUCUCUGAUGAGAGGCUUCUCGUGGUUGAGAGAUGAAGUAACGUGUUAGAGUGCUGUAUUUUUUACUUCUCGUUAGUUUAUUCUGAUCAAAUGAACUCAAACUAGCCUUGUAGUUUUGUAGCCUCGUUCCUAGUCGUCCUCGGCGGAAGUGUUCCCAAUGUGACGUCACCUGUCAUGCUUGUCGGGCGAGGUGCAGGGAAAAUUCGCUCAGUCGGUUCCAAACCUCCUCCGCUUACUCAGAUAGCGCAAACUGGCCUAGGGACGAGGCAGGAGAUUUGGUAUGUAAUCAGACUCAAUCCGCGCUAAGUUUGUCACGACCUUUAACUUAAAGCUCUACUGAAUUUUAGAUAAGUUCUGUUCAGUAAUUUAUAUAUACAUUGCAACGACCUAUCGCUACAAUUUUAAAGACGCUUGUUAAAAGAAUUGCAAAAUAAAAAGUCAUGCUUGUAAUUAAGUUCCAUCCGACCGAAAAAAAGAAAAAAAUAACGCAAUAAUAGGAGUCGUUUUAUUUAUAUGAAGUGAUGAGUUUGUAAAUGCUUUUUUUACAGAGACACUAUGUUAAGCGUCAGGAAUUGUUUUGAAGCUAAUAAGUAUUGUAAUUUUUUACUGGAAUAUAGAAUUAAAGAGAGCGACAAAAACAAUUUAUUGUACCCAAAUUAAGGUAGCGUAUUUGCUAGACUUUCCGC